AUGCUUGGCCGUUCAGGUGUUUUUCUCUUCCGCAUGAAGCUAGGGGAGAUGUACGUGGAUUACAAACUCCUCUCCCGCGAUCAUCGUAAAAGCGUUCGGGUUGAGGAGGCGCUGGUGGAUCCUUUACUGCCCACGACAAUUGUGCCACUGCGCUGGCUGGAGGUCCUGCGCAGCCCCUCCUGUCGUCUGCCCACCGGGUAUUACGUCGAGGAGGAGGUGUACAGCGCGCCAAACUACGGCGAUCGAAUCCGGGCGGAGGACCCCAAAGCCGCCGGCCCGCUUUCGGCUUCCCCCGCAGGAAUGGGCGAAGGACCCUCUUCUUUCCCCCCCAAUGCCAUUCGGGCCGGGCCGGUGGUGAUGUAUCUCAGCGGUCAGACCCUCCCUGUUGUGCUCAAUCCGCUCUUCGUGGAUGAGACGACAUGGGGGGGCGAGGAGGGUAGGGGGCUGUGGCCUCGGGCCUCUGGUCCUUCGAAUACGAAUAAUCAUCCGGCGGAGCCAGACCUGCGCGUUGGCUUGGACGCGAUUGAACAGUGCGGGCUCUUCGCGGAGCUCCGCCCGGGCGGGCUGCUCUACUCGAAGCUCCCACACCGCAGUCUGACGGAGGCGCUGGCGGGGCCGCGUGAGGUCCUAGGGAUUCGCUGUGAAAUGGCGGCCUCACCGCUUGUCCCGCGGCCCUGGACGCGAAUGAAGUAUAUGUUUAUUGACGAGCUCCAACGCGGGCCGGAGUUGACGGAGUUCGUCGGGCAUAACCCCCGCAGCGGCGUCCCCUGGCGUUUUUCGCAGCAUACCAAACACUUCCGCCAGGGCAUCUGGCACGAGAUCGUGCGGCGGCAUCAGAUGAAUGAUGGCCUGCAUGUGCAUAGUAGCUGGCAGAAAUCACCACAGCAGUCGGUGCCGGGGAUUCGCUUCCUCGCACCUUUUCCGUAA